UCAAAGCCUGCCUGGGGAAUCCUUUGUUGGCCGGAAGAGCCCGUGGAGGGCGCGGGGCCUUCUGGGAUCUGUAGUCUCCGCGCUCCUGGCUGCUUCCGGAGGCGCGAUGCCGGGCGCGGGGCCUUGCGAGGGCUGCCGGGGGGCGGCUCGGGCGUGCGUGCGGCGGCCCAAGACGGGCCAGGCGCUGUGCCGCUCCUGCUUCGCGGCGGCCUUCGAGGCGGAGGUGGCGUCCACCAUUGCGGCGGGGCGGCUCUUCCGGGCCGGGGAGACGGUGGCCAUCGGGGCCUCGGGAGGGAAGGACUCGGCGGUGCUGGCGCACGUGCUGCGGGCCCUGAACGAGCGGCUGGGCUACGGGCUGCGCCUGGUGCUGCUGGCCGUGGACGAGGGCAUCGCCGGCUACCGGGACGCCUCCCUGGCCGCCCUCCGCCGCAGCCAGCGCCGCCUCGGCCUCCCGCUCCGCGUGCUCUCCUACCAGGAGCUCUUCGGGUGGAGCAUGGACCGCAUCGCCCGGCACCUCGGCGCCCGCAACCACUGCACCUUCUGCGGCGUCUUCCGGAGGCAGGCCCUCGACCGCGGAGCCGCCCUCCUCGGCGCCCACAAGAUCGCCACCGGUCAUAACGCCGACGACGUUGCGGAGACGGUGCUGAUGAAUUUCCUGCGAGGAGACGUGGGCCGGCUCCGGCGCUGUACGGAGAUCAUGACGGGGAGCGAGGGGGCGCUGCCGCGUUGCAAGCCCUUGAAGCACGCCUACGAGAAGGAGAUCGUGCUCUAUGCCUACUUCCAGGGCUUGGACUACUUCAGCACCGAGUGCGUGUACUCCCCCAACGCUUACCGCGGCCAUGCCCGCACUUUGCUCAAAGACCUCGAGGCCACGCGUCCCAGCACGGUGGCCGAUUUGGUGCACUCGGGCGAGCGGCUGGCCCUCCGCGAGGACGUCCGCAUGCCCACCCAGGGCACGUGCCAGCGUUGCGGCUACCUCUCUAGCCAGGCCCUCUGUAAAGCUUGCGUGCUGCUCGAAGGGCUCAACCGAGGUCUCCCGAGGCUGGCUAUUGGGAAGCCUAGCCGGCUCCAGAAGGCUCUCUUGAUGGACGGGGAGCAGCCAGAAGCAAACGCUCAGGAAGAAGAACAAGAAGAUUCUCGACAGAGAAGCCACGGCCCAAUGACAAUAGAUUUCUGAGCCUGAACUCUCAACCACAGUGGCCUUUCCUGCUGAGAUAAAGCUUUCAUUACCUUGAAAGGUAAAUAGUUACCAAUUUCAUGCCUAUUGAUUAACUGUGUAGAUCAGAGAUGGGGAAUCUGUCCUCCCAGCAGUUGUUGGACUGUAUCUCCUAUCAACCACAGCAUUGAUAGUAAUGAAGGGUUCUGAGUUACAGGCCAACAAUAACUGAAGGGACAUGGGCCACCCUCCCGUAGUGCACCUUUGCACCUUAUUAGCUAUGUGUGGUUCUCUAAAUGUGGAGUAUAUUCUGUGGAUGUACUCCUCAGGAUUGUUGGCUGUUGUAGUUCAAUGACAUUUGGAGGGUCACGUAUUUCCAGCUCAUGGUCUACACAAAAUAAAUGGUUUUCUUAACUGAUGAAGUUGACAGAGAUACAACAGACCUGAACAUCUGUUGUAAAAUGGCUAUUCUCAGAUGGAUUGGGGACAGUUUUCUUUCUGAAUUUUUAAAAAUGAUAUUAAAUCUGAAUUUUAACUAUUAA